AUGAAGCUUGGACUCUUGGUCCCGUGUGUAUGGGCCACUGCGACCCUCGGCUCCGCUCAGCAUGAGCACCUACGCCUAAACGCCGUCGUCUCUCGCGCCGACGGUGCCGCUGCCUUUGAGUGCUGGGAGAUGGCCACGCCCUUUCAACAGUACCCUACGACCGGCCAGGCCAUCUCCGGGCUUGCGCAGGUAUCCAACGUCUCCUACGUCGUCCUCCCCGCUCGUUCUAAUGAGGGCAUCCACAAACCGCCGCACCCCAUGUUCUUCGCUCUACUUUCUGGCCAGGCGCAUAUCACGCUUCCUCGGGGCAAGGAUGAGCUAUGGGUAACGGGCGGUGUCGACGGACUGAUUGUCGCAAACGACGUCACUGGAGAAGGCCACAUCACCGAGUACCCGAUGGACAAGCCUUCGGUUGCGCUCCAAAUACCCUUUAGCGAUGGGAAGCCGCCCGCGCACAGGGUUCUCCACGCGGGGCCAUGCUCGCGAGAAGACAUGGACGCCAACACCUCGAUAGACCAGGACGCGAGCCACAGGAAACACGAAUUGAGGGCGCAGGGGUAG